AUGGAUGGUAAUUGGUUUCAAGGGCCUCCCUGCCCCAUUCGAAAUUGUAAAUGUAUUUGGUAUUUCAAGAAUGAAGGGCAAACAGUUUGCAGGCGAGGUCACAUUCAAUAUGGAAUGGAAGUAGCACAGGAUGAUGAACCUGGUUCAGGUGCUUUCUUUCAAACGAGAAAACGCAAGGUUGUCCGUAAACACCUGGAUACAGGUGAUUCUGAGGAGCCUCUGUACGGUGCCGCUGGUCGCGAUUUAUACUUUCAGGUUUAUCAAACCAUUCUGCAAACUCAAUGUAAUGCUUUAGUCUCUGACUUAAAAUUCCCUCAAACUGUUGAGGGAUUAAUUCGUGAUUUAUGGGGACUAUAUCUGUCAUUUGCAUAUGAAUCCUUUUCCUCUAGCUAUCUAUCAUUAAACAAGGACUUAUCCCUUCUUGAACUCUCAGACUCAGAUUUGGAUAUGGAAGAUCCAGAUACACAAACUUCAAAUACAUCAGAAGCAAGCAAAAGUAUUCACAGGAACCAGGGUUUAUCAUACCCGAAACUAUUGUACUCUCAGGCCUUCAUCUAUAUCUCUUGUCUCUUAUUACGUCUUCCCAUUACACUUCAUCAAAUCCGAAGAUGGAUCUGUGCAGAUAUAUUGCCUUAUUAUAAGGCUUAUAAAGUUAUUCCAUCUCAAAUCAUUAAACGGCUUCCUAUCAACUACGUUCGUAUGCUGGUUCCAUACCAUUAUCCUUCCUAUCAUCGUCUGCAAGGAGCUGUUUCAACUAUCCUUCAAAUACUAAUUCCAAGGUAUAGCAUACAACUUCCUCCAAUUAACGCACCUCUGAUAUUAUUCGAUACUAUCAAAUUUUUUGUUUUUCCUAUAGAAUUAUUCCUUCCAGUUAUUCAUCUAAUUAACUCGUUAAAUCUUCCCAUGUCUUUAGGAGAAGCACACCGACAAGCAUCAGCUUCAACCGAAAUAAAUGUUUCCUCAGAAUUAACGUCGGAAACUUCAACAAAUCCGGAGUUAAUGAUCCUUGCGGCACUAUUGGUUUCAGCCAACAUUUUAUAUGGUUUCGAACGACCUACACCUGCCAGCUUAAACGGCUUUGAGGAUAGCAUAAUGGUUCCUGAUUGGAAAAACUGGAUGGAAUCUGUUCUGAGUCUGCGUAAGGCGACGCAAGAGUCAUUUAUGGAGAUGGACGAAUAUUCAAUACACCAUCUAGACAAUAGCGAAAUAGAUGGUUACAUGGAUUGGUAUACAAGACAAUUUCUUGACGAUGACAACCAAAAUCAGCUUCCGCAGGGAAUUCUUGAUUUAUUUUCAGUUUCCUCAGAAAGGCCUGACUCUGCUAGCCAAGAACAAAAUUCUGAAAUUCCCGAUAUGGACUUCGAAAGCUUAUUCAAUACAGCUCGUUCGUUUAAACUUGUGAAAAAAAAAGAAGCGAAUAUUAGGCCAAGUCCUUCUAAAGAUGAAGCGUAUUUACCAAUGUUUCUACCUCGUCCUGACCCAGAUAGUAUAUCCUUUCGGAUUAUUUCCGUGGUAGCAAAGCUAUAUGAUAUUAAACCAGCGAUGCUCAUAGCUACUAUACGGUUUGUAGAGCAACGGAUAAAGAAAACAAAACAGAUCAUAUAA